GUUUUCAUUGGCGUGUACAUGUGAGAUAUGAAGAUACCGUCACCAACCCAGAUCAUCCGUUUGCUUGUGGUAUCAUGUUGAAACAUAUCUCUGCCUACACAACAGAUGCUAAAUGGCAACCUGCACAGAUGGAUAAUGCAGCCCACAGUUAUACAUAUGUUAUCUUUUCAGACUGGCUUUCAAAAUUGACACCAGAAGAGAAAGAGAAAUUGUAUCAGGGUAUUGGAUAUGAUGAGAAUGCAAAUAUUGCCAUGCUUCCAAGGGAGUAUGUGGAGUAUAAGGUACAGGUUAACUUGAAGAGUUGUUGUUUAUCUCUGGUAAACUACAGUAAGAAGAUAUUACAGAUCUCUGUCUCACAGAUGCUUGGAUCGUGGGAAACUCGUCCUGCUGGAGACGCUUACAGGAUAUCUUGUCAUACAGAAAGUUUUACUGUAGAAGGUGCUUCUAUAGAACAUGAGCUGGUUCCCAUAGUUACAUCAGAUGUCAAUGUAUAUGCUCCCUCAGUUAACCAAGUGUUCACUCUAGAUUUUGAAUCCAAUCCCCUGUAUGUUGAUGCUGACUUCUCCUUGAAGACAAAUAUACAACCUGUAGAGGUAGUUUAUGAUGAGCAUUCAAUAUGUGAAGUGAGGGCAUUUUUCCAGUUACCUACAGGUACUAUAGAUGUUAGAACAGCUGCCAUGGAAACCAUGCAAGAAGUUGUUAGAAUUAGUCAGGCUGGACUGAUAUAUGCUAUAGAUAAACACAAGACAGUACAUCUGGCUGUAAAUAUGAAGUCACCGUAUGUUGUCAUACCAGAGUUUGGUACUCUACAUAGGGGAGGUAAUGUAUUGAUAGCAGAUCUUGGAAUGUUACAGAUCAAAAGUGAACUUCAGCCAAAAGAUUCAUCUCUUGAGCAUGGUAACCUGUCCGACUCGGAGAUAGCUGCCAGAAUCUAUGAUCAGUUCAACAUUACCAUUACAGAUGUCAAGGUGCUACUAGCAGAUUCAGGUGAUGACUGGCAUACGGCCCAGAUACAGCCUACAUCUGAAUACCACAUUCUUCCUAGUAUGAAAUUGAUGUUUGACUUCUAUAACACAGUAAAACCAGAUUAUAAACAGUUACCACAACAAAAAAUCAUAACUGGCCUUACCCAUCAUUUGAGAUCAAAUAUUUCCGACAAAAAAGUUCUGUUGCUAUGGAAAUUUUUGAAGAAUUUUCCGUUACCAACGAGUACAAGUAUUAGUAUGCAAGGAGAAGACAUGAUUGAUGCUGGAAUGAGUGCUUCAUAUACAAUUGAAGAGAGAUUGAAGCACCAUAUUGCACUAGAUCCAAAUGAGAUACAGUUAGAACCUGAUAUUAAAGCACUUAGAGUGAUGAAGCAGAGGGUGUUAGGUCGUAGGGUCUUCAUUAAAGCCAAGAAACACCCUAAAUCACCUCCUCCAUUCUUAUCUGAUGAAGCGGAUAAUCCCUAUGUUGAUGAUGGUGAUACAGAAGAUUGGCAGAAAUAUGAAGACCUCAAAGCAGUAGAUGACAUAUCAUCUAGUAACAACACAACAAAUAUUGUAUUGCGUGUUGUUAUACGUGAAGUUGUUAUACAACUCUCUAAAUCAAUGGACCGUGUAGAGAACCCGUACUUGAUGUUCCGUGCUGAGAGACUACGUUUAGAUGCUGCGAUCACAGAGUAUGGUGUGGCGGCUCAUGCCAGUCUCGGUGCAUUACAGCUCGUUGACAAGAUACAUAUUGGUACCUCUGGAGAAUACCUAGAAUUGCUCAGUACAAAACCGGGAACCGAUCUUGUUUCUGUACUGUAUCGCAAGGUGGAGAAAGACUGUGAAGAUUUUGAGAAGAUAUAUCACAGUGUAGAACAAGGUUUGAGGUGUCAGUUUGAAACCCUGAACAUCCUCGCAGAUCAAGGUGCUAUCAUGUAUUUAAAGGCCUACCUAGAAGGAAUACAAACAAGUAUUCACAGUACAGAGAUGGUGACCAGUGCUAGUACAGUGUUGUCGUCAUUGGUUACCGACCCAUCUAAAACUGUUGCUAGGCAAAAAAGUCAACCAGAGGAUGACACAGGGUCACAGCCAGACAUAAACAGUUCUAUAAUACAGUGGAAUAUAAUGUUUGAUCUUCAUGACUUGUCACUAGUUAUGGCAGAUAACAACAGUAAAAUUGCUGAAAUACAUAUCAGAGAUUUAAAAGGUCAUAUGUUACAGAAACAUAACAAGUUGACCUUGAUAGGUAGUUUGAAGGACAUUGAUGUCAAAGAUUGUUCACAUGGAGCAUUGUAUCCAAAUAUUUUGAUGCUUGAAGACAAAGAAGACAGUUUGUUUAGAUUUUCUUUUACCAAGUACAGUCGUAGAAAAGGUGCUGUCCCAGAUAACAGACAAGUGGAUCAACUGUUUGAUUAUAUGGUGAAUGUUAGGGUCGGACAUCUACAGGUUGUAGCGCUAGGAAAAUUCUACUGGGAAAUUAUGAAAUUUGCUGAGCCUUUAAUGAGUCAGGAAGUUUUAGAUACAGCUAGUGUUUCCAUGAAAGCUGUCAGUAAACAGAUGGACGAUUUCAAGCAGGAUAAUAGAAGAUUUGGUAUAACAGUUGACAUGCUGACCCCAACCAUCCUAAUACCUGUUAAGUCUGACUCUAUUGACCUACUUUUGCUCAAGUCAGGUGACCUACAUGUGAACAAUGUAUUUGAUGUGACAGAUAUAGGUCAUGGUGUGAAACAGGAAUGGAAUCAUAUAUAUGUGUCUCUCACAUAUGUACAGCUUAGCAGAGCCAAACUAUCACAGGAAGAUGAUGCUUUCCUGGUGACUAGUUCCCUGCUUGAACCUAUGACCUUCCAGACAGACAUCCGGCUAGCACUGGAACCAGAAAUGUCCGAUGUACAGAUGGAUAUAGCCUGUAAACUAGAGAAGAUAAACAGUUAUAUGUCACAGAAAGAUUGUCAGGUACUGUUCGGGGUGCUACGUGCUAACUGGGCCGAGGGAGCUCCGAUGUCAGAACCAGAACCAGCAAGGAGAACUACAAUAACAACACAAACUAGUGAGGAAUCUGGUACAGUUGUCAUGGAUACAGAUAUGACAUCAUCAACUUCAGUAAGGAAAACAUCAUCCGUGGUACUCUUCACAAUGGAGGGGAUGGAACUGGUUCUAACUCAAGAUACAAAGGGAGAAGGUACUGUAGAUUUUGCUAAAUUGAUGAUGGGAAAGAUUAGUGGGACAGUAAAUUCUAGAAGUGAUGGUGAAACUAAAGUUACUGUUGCCUUGGAAACUCUAUAUGUGCUCAACAUCAAGCCUGAGAGUAGACAUGUCAUUAAAAAGAUACUUUAUUAUGACAAGGAGAGUAUAGAGAAGGAGACUGACUCCCGGCGUCCUCUUGUCUCUGUUAUAUACAAGAUCAGUGGGGAUGGGAACCAGAAAGCUGACAUUAUGAUGGAGAAGGUGACUAUAAAUGUACAGAUACCAUACAUGAUGGAACUGUCUAGUUUCGUCACAGAGGCAUUAACUCCACCUGUUACCAUGGAAACACCUGCCGGUGGAGGGUAUUCUCCUGUCCCUGUACCCACAGAGAAUGACAGUGAGGAAGGACCAGUGAUUACUGUAUAUUUCUCUAUUUCACAACCAGAAAUUGUCCUGUUAGCUGACCCUGAAACUCAAAACAGCAGAAUUAUUGUUGUGAAUGCAGAUAUAGCAUUUGAGUAUGUAGCAAACCAGUCACAACAGAAGAUGUGGUCAAAGGUCACAGGCCUUAAAAUGUUCUCUAGUAUAUAUGGUGCCCCUACAGAUUAUCAUUCCAAGAUGAUAUCACCUUGUGACCUUGAGUUUAACCGUUGCUAUGAUAUAGUGAAGAACGAGUUACAAAUGUCCAUGAAGCUGGCUAAGUUAUUUAUACAUCUUACACCACAUAAUAUGAGGCUACUUCUUGAUGUCACUGAGAUUCUUAAACAAUCACCAGACCAGAGUGCUGAUGUUACAGUAGAAGAAACAGUGGUUACUACACCAGAAGAUAACAUGUGGAAAAUAAAACCUGUCUCAUCUGAAAGAUGGAUUAAAAAAUAUGAAGAAGAGCCUGCCACUGGACCUGUGUUUGGUCAAUUAGAUCCCCCAACAGAGACCUUUACUGUAGAUGUACAGGAAGUUUGUGCUUUCUUUGAGGUGGAAAAUCUCGACCAGACUGUCCCAUUGCUAUGUAUACGUACUUCUGUGGAUGGAAAAGUUUCAAACUGGACCAAACAAAUGAGAUUGACAGCUGACCUGGAGUUAGAUAUAUGUUAUUAUAAUGAGAAAUUAAGUGUAUGGGAGCCACUUGUAGAACCUAACCUUGUCAAAGAGGGAGAGUAUGAAAACUGGGCACUAAAAAUACAGAUAUUUCAAGCUCAGAGUUUCCCGAUUGUGUGUAGCUAUGACGACAAUGGUCUAGAUGUACCGGACGGUCUUCAGACUGAUGUCGAGCAAAUGAUCAACCGGAAUCAUUUCCGGUCCAGCAGUAGCGAGAAUGAGGCGGAUGAAGAAUUAGACUCACCAAGUGAGAUGACGAUUUUACGACCCAAAAAUACGCGUAGAAAAGUUAGAAUAGCCAGCGAUAAAAGUUAUGGUCCUGAGAGGUAUGAUGAGAUAGAUGGACUACCAUCAAUAGAAGCUGGGGAACCAGACUUUAGUGGAGAAGAGGAUGGUCAAUGCAUGUACAUGAUACUUUCCUCCCCGGAUAAAUUACUGGUGAACAUUACCCCACCCGCCAUCAAUAUCAUCAGAGAUGUUCUUCAGUCAUUGGACAAGACGAACCCAGACAGUCUGAUGGAUACAAAGAAACUACCAGCACUAGCUGUAUCUAACAAGCUUGGUGUUGAUACAGAUGUCAUUUUACAUAAAAGUGUUAAGAUACAUGAUGACUAUGUACAUGGAUGUAGGAUCUGUAACCCUGGAGACAUGAGACACGUGACUCCGCCCAGUCAUGAUGAUAUAAAUGUUAUAACAGAGGAAGAAGAGGAGGAAGAUUCUACAUCUUUAAGUAGUCAAAGAAGGCCAUUGACUUUUGUAAACCAGACACUUGCAGAUGUGGGGCAUACGCUUGUCAGUGCAGGGGCAUUUGUCUUUGACGAUGAUGUAAUGUCAGGAGCUCAACUAGAUAGAGAUGGUGUCCAAAUUCAGGUAUCAAGUUUUGAUACAUCGUCAGUACAGAUGAUGAAUAGAGCAUGUAGAAAAUUGAUCCAUCUAACACCCAAACAGUCAGAUGAACUUGAAAAUGAACAUGGUACCAAAUACUAUAUGGUGUAUGAUGUAGACAUGAAUCAUAGCCAUAAAACUGUCACACUCCAGUCACCUCUACAGUUGAAGAACAAUUUAACAAUGUCAGUAGAUGUGUUUGUAUUAAGGGAUGAAUUACAGACGUACAAGCGUAAUACAAAACUGAUACCAGGGAAGGAGGACUUCAUGAAGUUAACCACACUUUCACCACAAGAACUAUUUGCCAUUCCACUGUUUGCAGCAUAUCAUUGUGCCCUGUAUGUCUGUCCGUCUGACCUUCCGUAUGAAAAGACAAAUAGUGCCAUCUGGUGGCCAGAUCUUGUACAGACCAAAGAUAGACAAAAAUAUUUCUCCUGCAAGUCACAGAAUGAUGAUAAACUCUUCAAUAUAAAAGUAAUUUGUCAGGAAGGAGAAGCUCUGAGACCACCUCAGAUGUUAACUCGUACAAUUCCUUACUUUACAAUAACAUUAUAUCCCCCUGUAGUUCUACAUAAUUAUCUACCCUAUGAUCUACAGUUUUCACUUCAGGGUAGUGAGUCAACAAGUAGCCUGACACAUGGUGACAGUACACCUUUAUACACAGUGAAUAUGUCACAAGCAUAUAAACUCAACUUGUUUGUGUCAGAUUAUCUUACUUGUGACUGGAAAGGUACAUUAGAUAUUACACAAGAAAUGGAAGAGUUCAAGGCCAUCUCCAUGGAUACUGACCUUGACCCAGAUAACAACAACAAGCACCUGUCUCUUAGUGUACACUGUAACCAUGACAAAACCUGGAACUUCUAUAUCUACUCUCCAUACUGGAUUGUUAAUAAAACUGACCUGACAUUUCAAAUAAGGGGAUUGAUGUCAGAUGUAGCCUUAGAAUGCCUACCUUCUAGUUACCCUCAGCUCUUCAGAUAUAAGAAAAAUAAACGUAAAAAGGCCAAGUUGAAAAUAUAUGAAUCUCAUUGGUCACAUGCAUUUUCCAUGGAUACAGUAGGGAAUUGUGGGGUUGUAGAAUGUCAUGACAACCAAAGAAGACGGAAAUAUACUUUUAUGGUGCAAUGUCAACUGUCUAAAUUAAAGUUAACAAAGAUCAUUACUGUACUGCCAUUCUUCCUGGUUGUAAACAGCUCAACCAAGCCUCUCAGAUACAUGGAGGAAAACAAGGCAACAGAUCUAUGGUUUGAUCUGGCUGUCGGACAGUGUUCACCAUUUUGGCCAGUGACAGAAAGUUACAGUAUGUUUGUAAAAUAUGAGCGGAGUAACGUGGUAUCACAACAUUUCCCGUUUAAAUCUUUCAAUAAUACAGUACUACGUAUGGAAAAUGGAACAGCAUUAUGUGUGAGUGUAACAGGGGGUACACAGAACCCUAUCACUAUACAGUUUACAGAUUAUGAUGUUGGUGAUGCCCCUGUUAGAGUCGACAAUUUCUGUGAUGAUGUUUUUAUUAAGAUACAUCAAAGAAAUCAGAGUCAGACGACAAUUCUGUCAUCAAACCAGUCUGUGUUAUAUACAUGGGAUGAUCCAACAGCAGACCGUACCCUCAUGUGGAACAUUUAUGGUAGAAAUAAACCAAACUUUCCAGCUUCACUACUAAAGGAUGGUUAUGAUCAAGUGAAUCUCAAGUUAAAAUCUCUGAAAUCUUCGGGAACUGUUGAUUAUGUAGAUGCUCCUGAUCAGACUGACAGCAGUCCUGAGGAUGAUACAGAUGAGGCUGAUGGUCUGAUGGGAAGAAUUGAUGAAUCUCUAAUUGGUAAAACACGUAGUGAUAAACUCGUGAUAUUCUGGGUAUCAUACCUGGACCAUCAACAACGCGUGUUACUCUUCACACAAGAUGAACGCGUUGCUAAAGGGGCUAGGAAGGCACAUGUACAGGGGAUAGAUAUACCACAUGAACGAGGGGUCAUCAAGAUGAAUGAAGCAGAGCAGGCAAGUUCGGUAUUAUUUGUCUCCCUUGAUGGUAUCUGUGUGUCAAUGAUCAACAAACAAUAUGAAGAGGUGGCGCUGCUAUCAUUGUCUAGUAUCCCAGCAACCUGGGAGGUAGAGGUGAACAAUCGUUGGAAAAUGUUGAAUGUAGAACUACAGACCUGGUUAGAGGAUCAGUGGAAGAACAGACAGACUCAUGCCAGCCUACAGGAACAGUUUGAGGCUGAUCUUGGUAAGAUGCAGAUGUUAAAACCUUACAUGGGUGCCCUGAGGAGAAGUUACAGCCCGGGGCUCUGGUUUAAUUACCGGGCUUCACAACAUCAUGUUUCACUGCAUGCUAAGAUACAGAAAGUUCAGUUAGAUAACCAGUUACCAGAUGCAUAUUUCCCUACGGUGUUACAUCCGUGUCCUACACCAGUAUAUAUAGUGAGGAAGAAAGGACAGAAACCAUUUAUAGAGUUUGGUAUGAUGAGGAGAACAGUACCAGAAAAUAAUGUUGACACUUUCAGAUAUAUGAAGUUACUGGUGCAGGAAUUUAACAUCAAGAUAGACAAGGGUUUUAUGAUGUCAUUGUAUGAUGUAUUUGCACAUCUGAUGGCUGAUGAGGAAUCAGAGAGCUCUAAAGUACAAUCAGAUCUGAUAUUAACACAGAAAUCUCUAAUGGAGGUUGCCGCGGUGAUGAUUCAUGAUAGACCAAAUAGAAUCUUCUUUGAAUAUCUUAGACUUUCUCCACUAAAGAUGCAUAUAAGUUUCUCACUGAAUGGAACAGCACACCUGUCCCAGGAGAACAAACCAUCACUAGUGUCAGAUAUUGUAGAUUUCUUCCUCAGUUCUGUUGGUGCUACAUUCACUGAGAUGAAAGAUGUAGAAUUAAAAAUGGCCUACUAUGAAGUAAAGGGUAAAUCAUUGUCAUGGAAACAGUUAAGUGAUCAGAUACAGUCACACUACACUCACCAGGCCGUACAACAAGCGUAUGUCCUCAUUCUAGGACUAGAUUUCUGGGAUUCAGUACAAGGAUCAGAUGAGUUUGCUGAUAGUUUGGUACGAGGUGUACACAGCAUGCUGGGUAAUACAGUAGGAGGAGCUGCAGGAUCUGUUGCUAGGAUAACAGGAUCACUAGGGAGUGCUCUAGCUGCCAUGUCACUAGAUAAAAACUAUAAAAUAAAAAGAAGAGCAACAAUGCAGCAAAGACCUGCUAACCUGCCCCUCAGUCUAGCCCUUGCUGGGAGAGGAUUUGUAAUGGGUGUGUGCCUAGGUCUAUCUGGUGUUGUACUAGAUCCUAUAAGAGGUGCUCAGGAAGAGGGUGUGGAAGGGUUUUUCAAGGGUGUAGGUAAAGGCAUUAUGGGAUUGUUGACAAAACCUACAGGGGGCGUGUUUGACAUGGUCAGCAUGGCAUUUGAUGGUUUACAAAGAGCUUCAGAUCUUGAGAGUGGUGUAGUACAUAGAAUGAGGAAACCUAGAUUUAUUAACCCUUACUUGGGUUUGAGACCAUAUUCUGUGCUACAAGCAGUGGGAGCAAACUUGUUACUGAAUGUGAACAAGGGACAGUAUGCCAAGAGUGACAUGUACUGGGCUCACGCCCCACUCAGCCCGGCUGACAGAGCAGAUGUUUUACUUAUUACUACUAGGAAUAUACUGUUGCUACAGAAACAUCGUUGCUGGGGAGGCUGGGAUAUUGAAUGGGAGGUCAAAGUUGAGAAUAUACUUGGCUUCCCUGCAAUAGUUAACAAUAAACUUGUGUUCAAGGUCAAACAUGAUGAGACAAGUGUGAACAUAUUUACUGGAGAAGAACAAGAGAUAUGUUGUGAGGAUAAAGAAAUGUUGAGAUGGAUACAACAGAGGAUUGAGAAUCUCAUGAAAUAUAAACAGAGAUGAGGCAAUUAAUUUCCAAUUACCUGAUGAUAUGAGGCAAUUAAUUUCCAAUUACUUCAUGAGAUGAGGCAAUUAAUUUCCAAUUAUUUCAUGAGAUGAGGCAAUUAUUUCUAAUUACCUGAUCAGAUUAGGCAAUUAAUUUCCAAUUACCUACAUAUUUUAUAUACAGGGAAUAUAAUUCCCAGGAUGUUAGACUUGUUUUAUGAACAUUCCACUUAUAUUUUAGAGGAGAGGACCAGAUGAUGCUUAAAGCAUUAUUUAUAUUUAAAGAUAUACAUUAUAUACAUGUAGUUAUGUGCUUAGUAUAACAAGAUAUAGUCUUAUGUUUACAAAUUAAAGUUAGUCUGAUAUUUAUGUAAAAAUUGUUAGAAACAAGAUUUUCUUUAUUAAUUUUGUAACAUGUUACCUAAAAUGCUUUUAGGAUUUCAACAAUUUUAAUCACUUGUAUUUUUACGGGGAGUGAGGGGGGAUGCAUUGUUAUUUAUGGUGGUAUGAACUUCUGUUAUAAUUAUUGAUACACGUUUGAAGAUUGAAGGGUUAUAUAAUGUUCUAUUGAAUAUAAUAAAUGUAUAAGAGUAUAAUACUGGAGAUUUUGUAUCAGUAAGUCAUUGUAAGUAACGGGUAAUGUUUUUAUCUGAUUGCCAGUCAUAAUGUUAUAUAUACAUGUAGUCUCAUUAAUAUUGCCAGUCAAAACUGGUUUAUUCCAGAAGUUUAUUGCUAGGCCAUCUUGCACAAAUUGAUUUCCAAAAGUCUUUAAUUAAUUAAUUAUUAAAUUAAUUCUUUUGAUAAUUUAAAACUCUGACCACUGUCAUUCAUUUAUUUCUAUUUGGUCUUCCAUAGAAAUUACUGCUAUCUAUAAGAGCAGAUUUACAGACUGCUAGAAUAAGAAUUUACAAGUAAGGGUAUUUUUGUGUUCAUUUUUUGUUUCAGCUCAAUUAUUUUGGUAUUUAUACAUGUACAUGGGUUUUAACUUUAUAUUUAUUUGAUUAGGAAGUUUUCUUACACUAUCUGCUACUGUAAACUACUGAUAUAUGACUUUAUAUGAAAUUCUUUAGUCAUUUGUACAAUUCCUGUUAUUGUGAAAAGCCAUUUCAGCUUGUCUGGCCGGGCUCAGUAAUGACUUGGGACAUUUCAGCCUGCACAUCUUUACAGUCUGGCCGGGCUCAUUUUAUGACUGGGGUCAUAGUGAAAAGUUAUUUCAGCAUGUCUGUACAGUGUAUGGUUGAUGGUGUUGUCUGUUCUAUUUUAGUAAAUUGAUUAUCCCUUAUAUUGGUACCUGAUAGUUUCUAAUUCAAUGCAGGGUAAAGCAAUUACAAUAAUUAACCAAUGUCAUAGUCCAAUUAAAGAAAAACUUUAACAUUAUGUUCAAUUAAAAAAAACAACAUUAAGAAGUUUUCAGUGUAAUUAAAGUACUUUGAAAGGUUGAAAAAUAUUUUUGGAGUCAGUUGAGUAUGUCUUGAUGACAAUCUUUAGUAGUAAGUUAUGUUUAAUAUCCUUCCAGUGUCACUUUUAUCAGUCAGUGAUGAAGUUAUUUAACUUUCUUGUAGUUAUACAUAAUCAUAGAAAAUGUAAAAUAAUUAAGAGAACAGCAAGGCUGAAAAUAAAGGUGUAUAUACCAUUGUUAAAUGUCUGAAAAAUUACAUAGGUAGACUUUAUAUUUGCUAUAACCAAUGUUGAAUAUUAAUGACAAUUCAGCUAAAAACUUACCUAAGAGAAUAGGACACAGGGAACAAAAAAAUUUACCUAAAGAAAAAAAACACCCAUCAAAAUUUAGCACUUUAGCUAUUAUAAAAAACAUUUUGAAAUUUUGUAGGUCUUUGAUUUAAACUAGGCAUUUUCUUAUAGUCACUGUGAGUUUAAUCGUUCUGGAACAUUUCCAGCUCGCAUUUAAAGUUUUCCAGAGUUUAGGGAACUCAUUUUGUUCAGGGAUUACAUAGACUCACGCAAAGCAGUGGUCCACAGUUUAAUGAUGCGGGUUAAUCUGUAAAUCAAUUAACGUAUUGUGUUUAUUUCAUGUAAAUCAAUUAUUAUAUUGUGUAUUUCAUGUAAAUCAAUUAACAUAUUGUGUAUUUCAUGUAAAUCAAUUAAUGUAUUGGUGUAAUGUAUUGGUAUAUCAUGUAAAUCAAUUAACUGUUGUUUUUAUUUCAUAUAAAUCAAUUAUUAAACUUAUUGUACUUUUUAUGUACGUAGAUCUGUUUAAUUGUUUUGUUUAUUUUAUGCGAAUUCACAUGAAUGUUUAUUGUUGAAAACAAGCAAAUCAAUGUUGUAUAUAUUUGAUGUAUAUAACCUGCAUAAUUUGUUUUCAUCUAAAUCAAUUACCAGUUUUGUGCUUAUGUCAAACAUUUACAUUUAAUUUAGCCUUUAUUUCAUGUAAAUCCGGGCAUUCAUGAUCAAUUUUCAUGUAAAUCUACUACAAAUAAUUUUACUCUUAUUUUAUCAAACAUUUUGUGCAUUUUUCAUUGUGUAUGUAUAUCAUGAAAUAAAAAAUCAAUAUGACAACAUACCUUUAACAUGUAUUUGGACAAAUUAUGUGUUUGGUGUCGUGUUUUUUAGUUUCUGUAUUCAGAGAUAUAAGAAGGCUAAGCUCCUGUUGUGUUGAUUAUAAAAUAAAGUCCUCGUAUUGACAUUUUAAUUUUUAAUUAGUGCCAAUGCAUUGUGCAAUAUGUAUACAGUAUAAGUGUAAUGAUUAUCAAUGUAUACAUUUUAUAUUUACCUCAUGGUUCUCGUGUUUUAUGGUAUUUAUCUUAUACUUUUCAUUCUGUAUUUCAUUUUGCUUUAAACUAGCUUGUAAUGCUUAAGUGAAAUAAAAAUCAAGGUUCUAUUCUGUUCAUUGCUUUAAUACAAGUCACAUGUACAGUAGAAUGUACUUUGUAGUUGUAAUAUUGGGUUCUUACAACAAUCAUCUGUCACACAAAUUUAAAUUAGACUAAAUCUGCAGGAUACAAGUUUCCUCUAAAUUGCACUUCUACCAUGACAAGAUUUAAUCUUAAUGUUGUUUUCUUAGUAUUUCAUUAAGAACCUUUUUCAGACUUGUUUAUAACUGGUAUAUUAUGUCAAUUAAUUUUGAAAGUUGUACUCUGUUAGGAUUAUUUUGUUAUAUACAUGUACCUGUGUUUGAUACAUUCCAAAUGUAUAUCUAUGUAACAGUUGAUGCAAAUAUUUGAUGUAAUUGCUUUAACAAGAAAGUUUAGCUGGAUGUGCUAUCCUGUCAUUCUUUUAACAUGCCAAAAUAUAAUCGAUAUUGUACAUGUUCAUGCUGUAAAUAUUGUAAACUUAUGUUUGUAGUUUUAUAUUGAAAUAAUUUUUUUGACAUUUUCUUUAAUUUUAUAGUAUGAAGAUAAAAGAAAUGUAUGAAUUAUGAAUUUUCUAGAAAUGUUAUUAAAUUUUUGUUAAACAGAAAGAGAAGGCAGUAAUGGUUACAGCUAGUUGUGUAAAAUGUCAGCAGAGUACCGCAUGUUUUAAGUAAAAUAUACAUGGGUAAAAGGUCAGUCUGAAAAACAACUUGCCGUCUACCUGUGCACCUUUGAGAACCUUAUGUAAACGACUGCGAGAAAAUAUAUUAUUGAACUUUGUUAUAAAGUCUUGCUGUGCCAUGAUAUUUGGUCUUGCACGUUUUCACAAAUGUACAAAUUUGUAUGAAAUAUAUUAUGUGUGUAAUUGCUUAGAUUAUAGGCCAGUUUGACGGUUACUAUAUUUAGUCAUGAUGCAACACUGUGUUGGCAUUACUACAUAUAUAUUUAAUGAUGAUGUAACAUUGUGUUAAUGUUUCUAUAUUUAGUGCUUGUGUCACAUGCUUUAUUAUAAUUUAUUCUGUGAUAUUUUCAUUUCUCUAUUUACACAGUUGUUGGUACGUUUGUGUUGAUAUGUUCCAGGUAUGCUGAGGAAAAUGUUUAUCCUAAUCCAGUGUAAUAAAGUUAUAUAAAUAAUAUAUAUAUAUAUAUACAGAGAGAGAAAAGACUAAAUAAUUAGUUUUAUUAAGAGAAAAAAAGAAGCUUUGGUCACAAUACCAAUCAACUUAAAACAUACACAUUUAAUUGUAAAACCUAACUAUUCUUUUUUUAUAUAUAAAAUCUUGAAUCUGGUAAGCAUUCUUUAAUUAAGAAAUAAACAACAUUCUCACGUUUUGGAAUAUUUGUUAACAUAAUUUUAAAAAUAUUGUUCUAUCUCUUUUAAUUAAUAUCUUUUUCAUUUUAAAAAGGUAAACUAAUUUUUUUAGUGGAGGGAAUAAUUAUAUUUUAUCAGCAGUUAUCUUGUGUUAUUUUCACUAUUUUAUUAACUAUUCUAAAUAUUGUUACUCUUAUUUUGUUGAGAUUAUACCAAUAAAUAUAUGGUGAAAUA